AUGGAAGGUUCGCUGUAUUAUUCCAACUCCAUUUUGAGUUCCUAUCUCAAGGGAAGCAGUGAGGACCUUGUGGCGGCCGCGGCGGUUCCGGAAAUAUCCAUAGUGCCGCCCGACGGACCUGCCGAGACGGGUAAGUCCAACAACAGGGUCUCAUCCUACUCCGACACGUCUGAUUUCAACUCCUUAUACUCGCUGGUGUCUAACGUCUCCGACGACACUGAUCUAGAAAGCGUGAAGCUAAAGUUGAACCAGUACGAAACCAAGAGCAGGGGAAAGCUACUGAAGCUACGGGGGUUGUUCAGGCAAGAGAAGCCUGAGCCUGUUGAACAGGAUGACAACACCUUAUUUUUUCGUCAUACUUGCGGUCGUCUUAGGGAAGAGUUCUACGAUUAUAAACCUAACGAGUCGCUAGAUGUGGCUUGGGCAGAUGCGUGUGAGGUCUUCUUGUUCGGCGACACGCUUCUGCAGAUAUUGCCCAGUCACGGGGAGCUUCUACGAUUCGUAUUAGAGAGCUCCUUUGAGCUCGGCGAGGUCAAGUUCUCCAACUUGAACAAGUUUCACAACGCUGAGCUGUUUGUUCCAGAAGAGCUCUUGAGAGAUGUGCUUCCAGCCAUCCAUGACUUCAACCACGUCUUGGACCUUUACGCAGAGUCCAAAGCUAAUGCCCAACGACCAGAGCUCUACGAUAAGCUCAUUCGUGACGCCAAUCGCUCCGAUGGGCUCUGUGUCCCGCUUGCCAUUGCCAUGUUCGGUAACUGGUUGCUCACAUACAACAAGAGUGAUUUGACGAACAAUUACGACAACGCACUUAUCCUCAACUACUUCAGGAAGGCGGCCCGUUUGGCUAUGGCGCUUCGCAAGUUGAGACCGGUGUUGGAGCCGGCGGUGGAGAAGUUCUCAACCCUGGACCAAUUGCUUCUCAAACGCUUCCUCAACAAGGACACUAACAAUGCACUCGCCUUGAGUCUUCACAAUUUGGGUGAGUACUACCAGCACGUCCAGAACCACGAUGUGGCGGUGACGCUAUGGGAACUUAAUUGCCAGCUCACUCACGAUCUAGAGAGUGGAAACCUCGCCAUCUUGGGACUCACAAACGGCUACGGCAUUGGUAACAAGAUCAAGGAGCACAAACACAUUGGCAAGCGGUCCAAAACGAACAAGUUCAACACCAAGAGGCGUGUGGCGCACCUCUACCGUAUACUUCUCCAGCGGCCAGACUUCCACGAAUACGGCGUCUCCUGGGCCACCAAGGAGAAGUACGACUAA